AUGCUUCGAAGUGUUCGCAUUCGCAUGAAGAGAAGUGACGAGCCACGUGUGCUCAUUCUCGGCCUCGACAACGCUGGGAAGACGACUAUUCUGAAUACUCUACGGCAGAAUGAAGGGAGUUCCGCAACCCCUGCAGCGCCGGAGGGCCCCACGCAAGGCUUCAACACGAUGGAGCUCACCCGCGAUGGGAUGCGUGCGAAGCUGUGUGAUCUCGGCGGGCAGCGCUCGAUACGAGAGUUCUGGAAGGACUACUACAACAACACUGAUUGCGUUAUUUAUGUCGUCGACUCGUCAGAUACACGUCGUCUAGAGGAGUCCCAUAAUACCUUUCAGGAGAUUUUGGAGGGCAUACCAAAUGUUCCGGUUCUGGUCUUUGCCAACAAGCAGGAUCUCGCCACCUCAAAAACUCCGGAAGUCAUAGCCACGGCACUCGAACUCGAGGAGCACCGGGAACGCAAAUGGCAGAUUCAGGGUUGUAGUGCAAAAACAAGCGAUGGACUAGAGGAGGGUCUUAAAUGGGUUUUUUCCACAUGUAAAGCAAGUUCCUAAGCAACAGACUGAGUGUUAGUCUGAGGUAGGUAAUGGGAAAGCUUAACAACUUGGUGAUCUUAGUUGCGCGCCUAUAAUUAAUUCAUCUAAAUUGGUCCCUGAAAAAUAGUAGAGCCUGUACAAAUUCCCCUUCCAAUUUCCCCGACCUGAAUUAGACGAUUAUAUGCAUAACCGACGUCCAGCGGUGUGGAUGGGGGUGAUGGGGAGGGGGGGGGGGGGAGAGUGUGAGAAGAAAGGGUGGAGGGGCUGUAACGGCUGGUUUCUUCAUGCAGUUAACCUAUUAUGUCUCGUCGGGAAAAACUGAAUACGACGUAUUGGCUUCUAUUUUUGAUCACAUUUCAAAUAUGAGAAUUGUUUUUAAAAUAAAGGUUGUGAUUCAUCAUAAAUUAUCGACUUCGAAUUGUGUCGCUCUUCUCAACACUAACUGUGGCUAGUUUCGUUACUGUUCUAAAUUAUUUUAGUUUGUAUUAAAAAAUGUUUUUUUUCACCUGCUAUUGAUGUUAAUAUUAUUCGAUCUAUCAAAGCAAAAAUUAAUGGUCAAGGGUAUUUAAAUUUUUUCCAACACAUUUUCUGAUGUGAGGGAGGUGUCGAAUAGCAUCCGUGAGCAUUUCUCUAAGUGAAAAUUUAUCGUUCCGUUUUAUUUAUCACAAAUUUAUCAAGAAAACACUUUAAAUUGUAUGAUUAUAAUUUUUUUGUUUUAGGCGAACUUUUAGGAUCUCUUUAUUCCCCUGAAGUUCGACCUGGCAGAGCUGUCAUGAGGGCCCAUGAAAAGAGGAGCGAGAGAUAGCAACUCUUCAAAAAUGCACCUUCUCAGGUGAAUACUCAAAAGUCUCCAAUCGCGAUGUAUUACUCUACGAGUAUCACAUCCGAAGUUUGUUCUGGAAUUUAAAGCAAGCCUAUCAUAUUACCUUAAUGGCUUCUAUUAUGGUAGCUUAAAAGCUAAAUUUAUCAAAAGGACAGCGACACAACCUCCACCUGCUUCGUAGUAACUCCUUCCUUUCCUAUGCCUGCUGUGGUAAUGCAUACCACACACCGAUGAGCCAUUCCAUCAAGCUAAGCCGCGUCUUCUACCUUUCUGGAAGAUUUCUUACGAUAGCCUUGUCUUUCGGAGCGCAUUCAGUGAUCGGAAUGUCACUUAGAUUGAAGUUCGGAGCAUGAAGGUUGUGAAUUUUGUUAUAUUUUAUUAUCCUGAAAUUUGUUGUGUUGAGAUGUAGAACGUAGAACUGACGGAUGAGUCAUAUUUUUUUCCCCCUUUCCUACAGAUUCCUACCGCAAAAACACCGGACAGAUCCGGUUGGAUGUAAUCUUGUGUGGAUAUUUGUUUGGUUUUGUUUUGGACGGCCACGAUGGCCAAGUCUUGACCAUAUAAAACACAAAGAGGAUGCAGAAUGAGUAUGAUUAUAAUGUGUCUGUUUGAUCUUUGAAUCUCGUGU